AUGUCAUUUAACUUUUUGACACCUUUCGGUACACCGGUCGAGGACCCUCCAGCAAAGGAAACGAAACCUGGAACAACUCUUGCUUUAAACAGCACUGUUUCUGACGUUCACACCUCAGAUCCAAAUGUUGCACCAAGUUCAUCCAACAACCGAAGAACCAUAAACAGUUUUGUUGACAGAAUAUCAUCCAUUGAACAAAUAGAAAACGAAAAAUCAUUUGCUAAAUUAAUUUUUCAGUGUGGAUUGCCAUUGUCUCUUUCUGAAAUGGAACCAUUAAAAAUUUGGAUUAAAAAAACAAGACCAGCAUUAAAAUUACCAUCAAGAAAAAAAAUUUCUACUACAUUACUUGAUGAAGU